AUGUUCUCAGCUAAUUUUUUCCUAGUGCCCAGGAAACAGCAGGCAACGAAGAAACGUCCCAGUUCCGGCGAAUCUUCUUCGGAAGAAGACUCGCGAUGCGUUUCCAUCCCAAAACGAGAACAUGCUCCAAACUAUCCAUCAACGAGUUCCAAAAUUAUGGAAAUAUCGCCACCUCGCGGAGUUUCAAUUGAUGGGAUUUCCAUCUUGAAGUCGAGUCAGGUCGAGUCAUUGGUUAACAGCACGCCUGUUGGACCCCGUAAGGGAUUCGACAUGAUUUCACCGGAUGUUUCUGUGAUUCUUGAUGACGAACCUGCAGAAAUGUCGAGUUUGGAUGAACGAUCGAAUGAGACUCCUAUCGGGAAAGGUCUUGAUUUACGCUACAGAGUCGUUAAGCAUGAAGAUCUCGACGUGGAUCGAGCAGAAAACAAUGUUGAACUGGAAGACCGAGACGACGCGAUGGAAAAAGAUUCGAGAACGUCAGAGGAAGAAGAAAUCGAAGAACGACUGAAUGAAAGUGUUCAUGGUUUUCUCGAGGAUGAAAUAGUGGAAAACAUUAAAGUCGAGGAGGUGACGAACUCUGACGAAGACCGUCACGAAAGCUUUCGAGAAGUCGAUGAAAACCUAGACUCUGCGGAAGCAGUUGGAGACGUUAUGUCUUCCGACGAAGACCAUGUUGAAGAUGACACCGCGAAUUCAAAACGACCCGUUAAAUUUUUCUUCAAGGGAAAUGCUCGGGGGCUUCUGUAUGCUGCAGACGUGGCGAAAAUGGCACCUGUCAUGGAGGAAAUCGUCAACAAUUCGGCGCUGAAAGAGAAAGACGGUGGCCUGGUUUUGAUUUUUCCUGACUUCGAAUUCGACGACAUGCAGCCGUUAGUUCGUACGAUUCAGUCACAGGAGGAAUCCUGGGGCCCAGGUUUUGAGCAUUGUACACCUGAUUCGGAUGCGUUCAAAGACCAUCCUGAUCUUUAUCGAGCGUUGAUCGGCGAACGAGAUAAUCUCGAUGCGACAACUGACGGAAAUGGCGUAUCCUGGAAUGUGGUCCUGGGAAAUUCGGCAGAAGAAGCUGUGCAAGAAUCUACCUGGUCUGGGGGUGAUGGAGUCUGUCAUCAAAACAUCGCUGACCUGAGAAUGUCUGGGCUUGAUUUCGAGCCACCGAACCACAUGGAAUUAUCAGCGGCGUUACGAUUCUACACGGAUUUCGAAGCGGACAUCUUGAGACUCCCUAACCGAGGAGAAACCCCGGGAACGGCGAAUUUGUUCAACUCGGUGAUUGUAGCCCAUCACGAGGGUUACGAACCCGGCGUGGAAGUUGAAAGCGUUUCUGUCGGUCGCGCCUUGGUCGGAAACUCUCUGAUGACCAGGGAUACUUCUCGUCAGGAAGAACCCGGAAGUAGUGGUCAAGUUUGUUUUAAAAUCCCUCUGCCGCCGAAAACGGCUUCUUCCCGAUUUGGAUCCGGACCUGUGGAUCGCUUUGAAGCGCUCGUUGCGAAUGCUGGCCCCAGCAAUGCGCCCAAAGAUUCGGGAACUCGGGAAAUUUUUGUUGACGGAAUGGGAUCCCCUGAAUCGCCGUUGGUGGUGGGGAAAAAAUUGUUCCUCUUGGAGUGUCAUUACUGUAAAUCCAAGCCGUUCUCGUCCAAGUCCAGUCUCCGAAAGCACGUGAAAUCAGUGCAUCCCGGAAAACCCUUGCCUCCGACAAAACAAGAAAUACGAGAACAGCGUAAACUGAGACUCGUGCAAGAAAGGGAAAGGCUCGAAGGAAAGAACUCGUUGGACGUGAUCUCCCCUCCGUCCACAGUUAUUGAAGCGUCUCCAUCUGAUAUUUCAUUACACAGUUCUAUUAUUCCCGGAAAUGGUCCGGAAUCGUCGAAAACUCAAAGGUCAUCCCAAGCUAAGCGUCUGGACGAUGUUAUCGCCGUUCUCACGAAAGACAGGAAAAUCAAAGAAGGCGAUUUAACUAUAGAGCCGGUUGUCAAUCCUGAUUCGAUUCAAAGAACUCCGAACGUUGCACUUGAAGAUCAGACGCUACUCAGCGUCGAUAAAUUGUCUCAGCAUCCGAUUCUUGCGUCUGACGGCGAUUUAGCCCAUAAUUCUGGAUCUGACACUGAUCCUUCGAAGGAUUUUAAAUCCCGCAAAAUUUCGAAGAAAAAGCGAAAGAAAGAGAAAGAUCGCAAGGAGAAAGAAGAAUACAGAGACAGCAAAAAGAAAAAGAAGAAGGAAAAGCAUCGUGAUGAUAAUUUUCCAGGCACUUCCUCAAGUCCGAUUGAUAUUAUUUGUCCAACUCCCUCAAAAUCGGACCAAGUGGAAGAUGUGAUUGUCCGGCGUUUGGACCCGGUCGAAAACGAGAAAAGAAAUGAUUCCGAAGAACCCCCCGCUUUGGACGAAACCGUUCCCGCAACCUUUUUCGACUCCAACAGCAGCGACUCAAGCUUCCUCCCCGACGCGGAACCUGCGGGCGAUAUUCCUUUCGAAGAACCCCCGGAAACCCUGGAAAUAUUCCCGGACGUGUCUCUUCCCGUCAAAAUGGAAGUGGAGGAAGCGUCUGAUCCAACUUACUCCAGGGGUAAAGGAGGAGGCAAGCGAUUCCUUUACAAGUGCACCGAGUGCAAAAUGUCCUUCAAAUCGGCAUUCACGCGCCACAAACACAACCACUCUGUACACGGACACGAGCUUCCGUAUCAUUGCAAGGUUUGCGACAAGGGAUUCUUGUCUUCCUCCGCCCUCAAGAAACACGUUGACUCGUCUCACCCGGAUUCCAAGGACGAAGAGGAGGAUGAGGACGAGGAAGAAGACGAAGACGACAAAGGAAAGUUGGAAAAUUGCAAGCUAGAGGAGGAGGACGACGACGACGGAGGAACUUCGUCCAAAGUCAUAAUUGAAGAGAAUAACUUGGUACUGGAGUGUAUGGUCAAGACGCGGGACAAGAAGAAAGCAGUGAAGCCUUCGCGGUGUCCCGAGUGCGGAGUCUUCUUUCCGUCUUACCACUUACGCCGGAAACAUUACCACGAGGACCACGGGAAGCAGCAUCCGGUCAAGUGUGAUCUGUGUUCGAAGGGAUUUCUCACGUGGGCGCAACUGAAGCGCCAUCGUCGUGGUCACCUUCCUCGUGAACGAACCGUGCGUCCGAAACGUGCCACUGAGAACAAUGAAAAGUGCUCCGACUGCGGGGAAAUGUUCUAUUCCAAGCUGAAACUCACUGCCCAUAUGCACACCGUGCACGGAUUACCGUAUGCCUUCGUGUGUGAUUUAUGCGGCAAGGGCUACGAUACUAUUGGAGGGAUCGAGAACCACAAGGUGCUCGCCCACAAUGAAACCGGGGAAUGCGAACUGUGUCCGCAUUGCGGGGAAUCCGUGCCGAAAGUUCGGUUCAAGGUACACCUCAAAUCCCACGAACCGGCUCAGAAGAAGCCUAGGAAACCGAUAUUCCCUUGUCCAGAAUGCGAGAAAAAGUUUUCGUACCGCCACGGACUGACGAUUCAUCGCGCUUUGAGGCACGACGUGAUAGGCAAAGACUUUAUCACCACGCGGCAAUGUAACAAGUGUAGCAAGGUGUUCAGAACUUUGGAACAACUCGGAAUGCACAUGUAUCGAGUGCAUGGCGAGAAAACCGAGGACUUGCGGGAGUACAAAUGCGAUCAUUGCCAGAAAGUGUAUUACUGGAAGAAGCGGUUCGAUGAACACGUGGCGAGUCACGAAGGUGGAAGGUUGCAGUGCCAUCUAUGCGAUUAUUUAACUAGUUAUGACGCUAGUUAUUAUUUACAUAUGAAGGUCAAACACGGCAUGGUAGGGAAUAGGAAAUUGGCCAUCGACACCUUUCAUCGGCGGUUAAAUGCCAAGGAAGAGGUGGAUUAUGUAGCCGCGCCGGUGUCCUAG